GCGGGCCGCCGCGGCCGAGGCGUACCACGCGUUCCUCGGUCAGCGGGAGGCGUCGGCGCGGUGGCGCGAGGACUCGAUGUCGUACCUGCGCGCGCUCUACCUGAGCGGCGAGCUGGGCGCGCCCGGGCCGCUCCUGGCGGCCUGGCGCGCCCGGGCGGCGGCGGCCAUGCCCGCGUUCUGGCGCCACGUCGCGGGCCGCGGCGUCGACCAGCGCCUGAACUUCGCCAAGCUCUUCCGGGGCCUGGGCCUCGCCGCGGAGGCGGACCUGGUCGCCUUCGAGCGCGCGACGCGCCGCGCGACGCACGUCGCGCGGCGCCGGCCCCUCGCGUGGUUCCUCCUCUCCGCGGACCGGCCCUACGACCUCACGCACGAGGUCUUCGCGCUGACGCGCGACGGCCGCGCGCCGUUCCCCGGGGCCGGGGACCCGGCCGCCGCCCUCGCGGCCGACGCGCCGCUCUCGGACCACGCGUACGCGCUCCGCACGGCCGCGGCGCUGCUCAAGGUCUGCGUGCGCCGCGACGCGCUGGACGCCGCGUGCGAGCUGCUGGCGAACCUGGGCCAGCUCGGCGCGCGCGCCGGCGGCGACGCGCUCGGCGAGCUCUACCGCCAGGCCGCGGACUACGUCGCGUCGCGGCGCAACGCCGACGGCUCCUUCGGCGAGACCCACGACGCCGCGCGCGUCCGCGCGGCGAAGGGGAUCCCCGCCUACGACGUCGAGGUCGGCGGCACGCUCCACACGACCUUCGUGUGCCUCUGGGCCCUCGCCCAGCGGCCCGGGGGCGGGGUGGACGUCUCGCGACCGGCGUAAACUUAGUCGUCGUCGUCCGAGUCGGCGAACUUGAUCGAGUUCGAGCCGAGGUCGACGGCGCCGCCGCGGUAGCCGCCACGCUUCUUCUUCGUCUUCUCGUGGCGGAAGUCCUUGCCGCGAACCUUGCCGAGCUUCGCGGACGCCCGCGCGCCCCAGCCGCCGGCGCCGUACGUCCCCUCGUACGAGUUGUCCUUGAGCCGCUCGUCGCUUAUGGCCGCGAGCCACCGCGCGCUGUCGACGCGCUCGAACUGGCGGCCCGGCGCGCGCGGCGCCUUCUUCUUGGCCGGCGCCGCCGCCGGCGCCGGCGCCGCGUCCUGCCGCGCGAC